CACGUACAGUGUCCGUACCUUAGCAGCGGCGAAAAAAAGUCCCACACCUAGGUACUCUAUCCAGCCGCAUCUCGCGAAUUACAAAGGCAGCACCGACAUGGCGCAUUACACCAGCGUCUCUUCCUGAAUGAAUCGCACACGGAUCGCCGGCCAUGGCCUGAGAAGGCUUGUCCAGACCCCUCCACGGGGCACCAGGGGCAUCGUCACAGACGCAGACGUCGUCAAAGCGAGGAAAUACUGCCAAUCGCAGCUUCAGCACAGCGACUACGAUGCGCACAUAAUAAGCCGCCUCGUCCCGGCGCGAGCAACAGACACUUACCUCGCCCUCCGCAGCCUCAACCUCGAACUCGUACGUCUCCCCGAGCUCGUCUCCAACCCGACCAUCGGCCAGAUGCGCAUGCAGUUCUGGCGCGACUCCAUCGACAAGACCUUUGCCGGCGUGCCCCCUGCCGAACCGAUAUGCGUGCUCCUCCACCAGGCGCUGCAGGACCUGCGCGCGCGCUCGCCAAACAAUGCCACGGCGAGCUCCAUAAAGUUCUGGGUGCAACGGCUGGUCAAGACCCGGGCGAAACACAUGGACAACAGGCCGUAUGCGUCGCUGGCCGCGCUGGAGGAGUACGCCGAGAACACGUACUCGACGCUCAUGUACGCCACGCUGGCGUCGAUGCCGCUUCGCUCGAUGCAGGUGGAUCAUCUGGCGAGUCACAUCGGCAAGGCGUGCGGCAUCGUGGCCGUCUUGCGCGGCAUCCCUGUGCUAGCGGCGCCGCAGCAGCAGCCUGUAAAGUCCCACGCCGGGCCGGGUGGCGGCCGACAAGAUCCCGCGUUGCUCCUCCCGCUGGACAUCAUGGCCGAGGUGAACCUGCGCGAGGAGGACGUCUUCCGGUACGGCCCGCAGGCGGAGGGCUUUCAGGACGCCGUGUUCAAGGUGGCGACACGGGCCAAUGAUCACCUCAUUACGGCGCGGGAGAUGCUCAAGAACCUCAAGGCUGGGCAGGACGCCGGUCACGAGUUUGAGCAUCAGGGAGAGGCGGAGCACGUGUACGAGCCGGAAGAGGACGACACGCAGCGGGACCUCCGGCGAGGGUUCGGGGUGCUGCUUGAGGCUGUACCUGCGCAGGAGUACCUGACGAACCUCGAGGGGACCAACUUUGACCCGUGGACCGUAAAGGCGAGCUGGAAACUGCCUUGGCGUCUCUGGCGUGCGACGAGCAAGAGUCAGAUCUAAACGACCGUGGCUGGUCCUGUAUAUUCACGCAUUUAACGGUGUUACGACAUCAAUGGGUCGGCUAUGUAAGAGUACAGUGUAAGACUAGCUCCUCGGAAUGCCCAAGUACUGCCCAAGACUGGCAUUCUAGGAAGGCGAAACUGUUUUCUGCGGUGCUUGGAUAUCUGAGGAAGCGGAAUAUGUCUUUGGCGGCACGCGGGGGUUCGGGGCAGUUGUAUGAGCCUUGGCUAUCCUUCAAGAGGCCGUGUAAAUAAGUAAUCAUGCUCCCAUCAAGCGUAACCAAGACCUGAGUCUUGAUUCAAGUGAGGCGUCAAGCACUAUUUAGAGACCUAGAGACCCAGUGCUGACAAUCCCGUCACCUGGAUUGGCCGGGUCCUACGCGGGGACAGUGCCAAUGACCAACUUCAUCACGCGCGACACGGUCGUGGCUGAAGCUCCUUUUCGACCCCAUAUUUCUCUCCAUGUCUCGACACCAGCCAC